CAUCCCUCCUCACCGAGUCGUCCCUAGGUAGUCACAGCUCCUAUAACCCGGCCUAGAUCUGGGACCCGUCAGUCAGCAUCCCCUCUAGUUUGAUAUUCUUGCUUCUCUUUCUCUUUCUCCCCUUUUCAUUUUUUAUUUCUCCGUCGACAGUAUCAUCGCAACCUUCGACCUCCGCCUCGAUCUCUCGAUCUACUCUAGCUUCGGGCGAGCUGGACCCAUGGUCUUUACAUUUCUUGGAUGAAACUUCUUUUCGGCUCCUCCGCAAUGGAGGGCGCACAUCCAAGCUGGCAGAACCUCCUGCCGUGCUAUUCCUGUUGCCAAAGAAUCUGGAUCUCAGAGCAGGCGGCAUUCGGCAAACACUGCACGGGCAUUAUAUCGCAGAUUCCUGUCUACAUCUCUUUGCUUGUAUUACUGUCAAGAUAUGCACUUUUCCCUCUCUGGAAUCGGCGGCCGUCAUGGUUACACUCGUUUGCCGCCGAGUCCGACGAGCUACCCACCGAGACGGGCGACACAGCAUCGUUUUCCCCCCUGCCCUCGGCCGGCGUGCCGACUAACCGAAGCGUUCGUGUCACCAACGGCCACCACGUGAAUGGUGCAGCAGACGACAACGCCGACAGCGACGACGGCGUGUUUUGUCCGCCGAAAUUCAAAUCAUGGAACAGGCACAGCCUAACCCUGCUAUUGUUGUCUGCCCUGAGCGCUGGCUCUGGCUCGGUUGCGGCCAGCAUCUACAACAACCAUGAUUGGGUGUUGGUCAUGUCCGCCAUGCCGUCCAUGGCCACGGCAGCUAUCCUGGCGGUUGAGCGGCCGCAGACGGCUCCCGGGGGCGUCUUCUUGAUCCAGUCCGGGCUGCUCCUCACUCAACUCGCACUGCUCCUCGGCGUCCCUUCACUGGCGGCCUCGUGGGACUCGCUCAUUCUAUUCCUGAUCACUGUCUUCAUCACGCUCGGCUCGGUCGUCAUUAUCUUGAUGAUGCCGCUACGCGACCCGCGAAUGCCCGGCACUGGAGAGGUCGCCGUUGUGAACCAAGAGCCAACGUCGACGCUUCGCAGCCCCGAAGACAACUUCACUGUCUGGGACUGGAUGACCGUUUCUUGGAUGAGCAAGCUCAUUGCUAUUGGGUAUCGACGACAGGUCCAGCCAGAGGACGUUUGGUUGCUGCCCUACGAGUUUCAGCACCGGCGCCUUCACCUUCUCUUCCGGCAGAUCCGGGGCUCGGUGAUCGGGCGCAUCCUUAGUGCCAACGCGCCAGACCUCAUCAUCAUCUCGGUGCUGGGCAUAUUCGAGUCGACCGCCUCUAUCGGCCAGGUGGUCCUCCUCAAACAGCUCCUGGGUGCUCUGGAUACACCGACCGGGGAGGGCGGAGACGGGGAAGACGGCACCGGAGGCGGGCUGGGAAACGUGCGCGUGGCCAUGGCGUACGCGGUCGUUGCUCUAUUUCUCCGCCUGGCCGCGGCGCAGUCGGCGGUUUUCUCGCUCUGGUUCAGCAGGCGCUGUUACGAGCGCUCGCGGGGCGAGAUGAUCACCAUGAUUUACGAAAAGACCAUCAGACGCAAGGCCUUUACGUUCCCGGGCGUAAAUCAGAGGAGGGACGACGAGGAGGAGGACGUGGAUGGAAAUCAGGAGCACGCCGAGGGACAGAAUGGUACCAACGGGUCAGCGGGCGCCAAUUUGUCACCAGAGGAGGCUCAGAAAGACGCACCAGCGUCGAUGGGCAAGAUCCUCAACCUAAUGCGCAACGACGUGUACGAGGUUGCCCAGCGGUUCUGGGAGUUCCCGUCGCUCUUCACCAAGCCGCUCAACUUUGUCCUAUCGCUGGUCCUCAUCUGGAACUUGCUAGGCCCCUCUUCGCUGCUUGGAAUCCUGGCGAUAGUGCUCGCUCAGGGCGUCAACGCCAUGCUCAUCCGUGGGCUGCUCGGGCUCGAGCGCACUCGACGCAAAAUCUCCGACAUAAAACUACAGGUGACGUCGCAGUUUGUCGAGACGAUCCGGCACCUGCGAUGGUACGACUGGCAGGACCGCUGGCUCAAGGAGAUUCUCGAGAUGCGCAACUUGGAGCUGCGAUACCGCGUCUUGUCUAACUUACUGCAGAAGGCGCUCAACGUGCUCGGCACUCUUGCGGCCCUUGCUCUCCCCUUGGCAUCGUUCUACGCCUACACGGUCAUCAGCGGAAAGCCGCUGUCGGUCGACAUCGCCUUCCCUGCCCUCAAUCUCUUCGCCACGCUCAACACAACGCUCACGGAACUUCCGUUCCUGGCCAUGAUGCUGGUCAAUGCCUCGGUGGCCAUGGGCCGCAUCGAGAGCUUCAUGGCCGAGCCGGACAAGGAGGACGCCGGCCGCGAAGACCAGCACCAUGACGCCAACGGCGACGCCCGACCCCCCGGCGAGCUGAAGCUCGCCAUCAGCGAUGCCUCCUUCUCGUGGCCCGGUUACACGGAUAAGCGCCAUGUGCUGCGCGACGUUUGCAUGGAGUGCGGGCCCGGCCUCACGGUAGUGUGUGGCAAGGUCGGCGCGGGCAAGACGGCUCUGUUGCAGGCCAUCUUGGGCGAGCUGGACCAGCAGCCUGGCGGCCAGCGCCAAGUACCGGAUGAGAUGGCAGGCUACUGCGCCCAGACGCCCUGGCUCCAGAGCAUGAGCAUCCGCGAGAACAUACUCUUCUCGGAGCCCUACGACCCGGACCGGUACCGGCGCACGCUCGAGGCCUGCGCGCUGCUGCCCGACCUUAAGGAGUUUGAGGGCGGCGACCUGUCCAUGGUGGGCGAGAACGGCGUGGGCCUGUCGGGCGGGCAAAAGGCCAGGGUGGCGCUGGCGCGUGCCGUCUACUCGCGCGCCCGCGUCCUGCUCCUCGACGACCCCAUCGCGGCGCUGGACCACCACACGGCCGAGCACGUUGUGCGCAAGCUCUUCUCAUCCGGCGGCUUGUGUGAGGGCCGCCUGGUGGUGCUGGUCACACACCGCGUCGACCUCAUCCGGCCGUGGGCGGACCAGAUCUACGAAGUGUUUGCGGACCGGGCCUCGUCGCUCGAGAAGCACCGCCCCGACGAGCUGGACACGGACGCCGAGUUCCACCGACGCGUGGCGGCCGAGGAGGCGGCCGAGGAAGCGGCGCUCCAGCAGCAGGAGGAAGAAGGCGCGGCCGACCACGGCAACGCGGCCCAGGCCAUCCCGGACAAGUUCAUCCAGGAGGAGCACCGCGCACACGGCGGCGUCAUGGUUUCGGUCUACUGGCGCUACGUCAAGGCCGGCCGGCUGUGGCUGUGGGUGCUGCUGAUGAUCUUGUUUGCCGCACACCGCUUCUCCAAUAUUGUAUACUUUUACUUCCUCAAGGUCUGGGGCGAGGCCUAUAAGCAGGGCGGCAACGGCACCUCGGCCGCCGCUCGCGCCAUGUUCGUGCGCGCUCACCUCUAUGGCAUGAGUCCUGUACCCGGCCAGGCGACUUUGCUGCUCAAGUCUGACCUACCGAACACAUUCGCUUCGGUGGAUACUUCCAACGCAGGAAGCUCCCGGCUAGGGGGCGGCGGUUGGAUCGACGACAUCCGAUUUGGCCUGCCUCCCCCACAGGACGACGUGCAGCCGUGGCUGUACUGGUUCCUGAUGCUGUCGAUGGCGCAGGCGGUGGCGGAGCUCUUCUCGGACCUGACGCUGGUGGCCAUCGUCUACUCUGCCGGAAAGCGGCUCUUCGAGGACGUCAUGCGGCGCGUGGCGGCGGCUACCUUCCGCUUCUACGACGUGACGCCCGUGGGCCGGCUGAUGAACCGGCUGACGUCGGACAUCAGCACCAUCGACGGCUCCCUCGCGGGGCAGCUGCACCAGGUGGCCUUCCACUCCAUCGCCUGGGUCUCGGCCGUGGGCGUCAUCGCGGCGACGACGCCGACGUUCCUGGCCCUGGCCGUGGGCAUGACGGGCGCCUUUGUAUACAUAUUCAAGAGGUUCCUGCCGCUGUCGCAGUCGCUGCGGCGGCUCGAGAUGGUGUCGCUCUCUCCCCUCAUGUCCAAUUUUGGCACCCUGCUCGAGGGCCUGACGACGGUGCGGGCGUUCCGGGCGCAGCGCCACUUUGAGCACCGCAUCGUCGUGACGACGGACGCGUUCCAGCAGAUGGACCACUUCUACUGGUCGCUGCAGAGCUGGCUGGCGUACCGCUUCGACGCGCUCUCGGCCCUGUCCACCUUUGCGCUCACGGCCACGGCCCUGUGGUCGGGCCUGUCGCCGGGCGCCGUCGCCUUCGUACUGGCGGCGGCGGCGACGUUUGUCGAGACGACGCACGUGCUGUGCCGCAAGUACGGCGAGCUGCAGAUGAUGUUUGUCAGCGUCGAGCGCGUCGUCGAGCUGCUCGACCUCGAGACGGAGCCAGAAGUUGGCAGCGGCGGCGGCGGCGGCGGCAGCCCGGGCCGAGAUGGUGGCGCAACAGGUCGCGGCGGCGCCUCGUCUUCGCUGUCGCUCAGGACCCUCGACACCACGGCGGCGGCACCUCCCCUGCCGCUCACCAGGCCGCCGGCCUCGUGGCCGACGGCGCGCGACGACAUCGUCUUUGACCGCGUCACGCUCCGCUACGCGCCCGACCUGGAGCCGUCGCUGCGCGACGUGUCGUUCCGCAUCCCGGCCGGCUCGACGGUGGCGGUGACGGGGCGCACGGGCUCGGGCAAGAGCACGCUCGCGCUGGCGCUGCUGGGCACCAUACUACCGGAUAGGGCUCUGGAAGACGACGCGCCAUAUAGUGAUGACGUCGCGGCGGAAAAUGGUGACGGCGCCCAAGGCCGAGGUGGUGGUGUCGGUCGGGUCGCUAGCUCCAACGAUCUACUCGACCUGGGCCAGGACGACACGACGACGGUAGCCCGCAGCAACGGGGAGCACGGUGCGAACGGGUCGUCGUCGUCGGGACACGUCCCAUCUCAAAGCGGCGCCGUGGUGGCAUCCGGGCGGACACGGCGGGCCAACGACGGCAGCGGCAGCGGCAGCAUCUGGAUCGGCGACGUGGACAUUGCGCGCGUCGACAAGCACGCGCUCCGGCGGCGCGUGUCGUUUGUGGCGCAAGACCCCGUGCUCUUCCCCGGCACGCUGCGCGAGAACCUGGACCCGCUGGGCGACUACACGGACGUCGAGUGCGAGCUGGUCCUGUCGCGCGUGUUGGGGUCGGCAGCCGCCACCGAUGACAACAGUGGUGACAACUCUGGGGCAGCAGCAGCGGCAGCAGCAGCAGCAGCAUCGAGGGAGCAAGCAACGUCAUCAUCCGAAGCACAAACGGCAACCUUCUCUCCACCCCCUCCUCCCCGCCGCCGCCCCCUCCGGCUCGGCACGCGCGUCGACGGCGGCGGCCGCAACCUGUCGCAGGGCCAGCGGCAGCUCGUGGGCAUCGCGCGCGCGGUGCUGCGGCGCAGCCCGCUCGUCAUCCUGGACGAGGCGACGGCGUCCAUCGACGUGGCCACGGCCCGCCGCCUGCAGGCCGUGCUACGCUCCGAGCUCGGCGGCUCCACGGUGGUGACGAUUGCCCACCGCGCCGAGGCGGUCCGCGACGCCGACUUUGCCCUCGAGCUCGACCGCGGCCGCGUCGUGCGCGCGGAGCGGAUUGGGAGGGCGGCGACGACGGAUUUUUGAAGGGGUGGUGGUAUACGCUCUUUUUUUUUUGGAUUACAUGUCUUUUUUGAGGGGUGGUAUACGCUCUUUUUGGAUUACGUGUCUUUUUUCCUGCCAUAUCUAGUGUCGUAUCCCCCAUGUGCACGCAUGACAAGUCAACAUUCACCUGUGGAACAAAGGUAGAAUAGAACCAGACCUGUAGACUUUGACUUUCACUUUACUCCCUCGUUGGUUCUCUGGAUGGUACCCCCGAGGCGCGAGGGAUUCGGUUUGUCCUUGCUUGUCCCGAUAGAUAUCUGUUCGGCUAGCGCUGUUAGACACACCCUGUCUACUUUGUGCGCAAAAAGAAAUGAAGCGAGUCGCAUUGUUCUUGUGCGCCCCUACGGGACGGGCUAGGUCAGACCUCCGGAAAUUAAUCACCUCAAG